CUCUUUCUUGAGAGCUAUAUAGAAAAUUUCUUGUUUUUCUUGGUGUGAAAAUGGAGUGGCUAGAUUUCUUCCUAGUGACAACAAAUACCUUAGGCUUGAUUUGUCUAUGCAAGGCUCUUAUCAAAUUUCUCAAGUGGGUAUGGGUGAUGUUCUUGAGGCCACCAAAGCAACUCAAAGAAUAUGGUUCAUGGGCUAUAAUCACUGGUUCCACUGAUGGAAUUGGCAAGGCCUUGGCCUUUGAGUUGGCAUCUAAGGGACUUAACCUUCUCUUGGUUGGUAGAAACUCCCUAAAACUUGAGGCAACACUGAGGGAAAUAAGAGAAAGACAUGGUGGGCAUGUUGAGGUCAAGUUUGUGAUCAUAGAUAUGCAAAAAAUUGAUGGAGAGGAAAUGGCAAAAACAAUAGAGAAAGCAAUAGAUGGUUUAGAUAUCGGUUUGCUAGUUAAUAAUGCUGGCUUGGCUUACCCUUAUGCUAGAUUCUUUCAUGAGGUUGAUGAAGAGCUUAUGGAUGCUAUCAUAAAAGUGAAUGUGGAGGGAACAACUUGGAUCACAAAAGCAGUGCUUCCCACCAUGAUCAAGAAGAAAAAGGGAGCAAUUGUAAACAUUGGUUCUGGUUCCACUAUUGUGCUUCCUUCAUAUCCUCUAGUCACCCUCUAUGCUGCUUCAAAAGCAUAUCUUGCAAUGUUCUCCAGAUGCAUCAGUUUGGAAUACAAGCAUCAAGGAAUUGACAUCCAAUGUCAGGUUCCAUUAUUUGUGUCAACAAAGAUGACAAAAAUGAAUGCAUCUCUUUUUGUACCAACACCAGAUAUGUAUAGCGAAACAUGCACAAGAUGGAUUGGCUAUGAAAAAUUGGCUGUACCCUACUUUCUUCACUCUGUGCAAGCCUUUCUCAUAAGAAAAAUUCCUGAUGCAAUUGUGGAUUCCUAUAUGCUGCGUUAUUUUCUUUAUUGGCGUAAAAGAGGACAACUCAAGGACUCCAAGUUGAAAGCAUUAGCAGCAUCUAAUUCCCAAGCAGCAAAGAUGGUGCAUGAAGAUCAUACAAAUUAAAUCAUAGUUUUUCAAAAUUAUAUAUAAAAUUGAGAGUGAUUAAGGGGAUAUUUAAAAAUGAUAUAUACUAAAAUAUGAUAUUUUAAAAGAAUUACAGAAAUAUGAAAUCGGCAAUUUUUUGAAUAGAAUUAUUCAAAAGUUUUAUAUUUUUGUAAUUUUUUAAAAAUUUUAACAUUUUAGUGUAUAAUAUUUUUAAAUCUGAUAUUUAAAUUUAAUUGUCUUGAUCAUGAUGGUCCCAGUUAAUUACAUUUUUUUUUUGUUCUACCUAGAUUUGCCUUUGAAAUAGAUUGUUUACCUACUUUCCACUGUUUUUUUUUUCUAAUUUGGUCCUGUUUACAUAUUUGUGGUUAUAUAAUUUCUAGCGACCUAAACCAUUUGGGUUGGUAGGUGCUGUUAAC